GUUCCCGGCGCCGCCCGGGCCAUGGCGGGGCCCGGCGGGGAGGGCGUGGGGCGGCGAGCGGAGCUGGGGGACAGGUUUGCGUAUGAAAACAAGGACAUGUCUUCUCCUAAAGUCUACGCCUUGCAGCCUUGGAUUGCUGACCUCUUGGUGAAUUAUGAGCAGCUGGAUGCCACAGAGAAUCUUCUGGCCGGGCAGGUCCUGCGGGUUUUGAAUGACUCAGCUGCUCCGGACCAGCCUGGCCUUCUCCAAGAUGCCGUCCUGCAAGUCUCAGAUGGGUCCUACCACAUCCGCGUGGUCAUUACGUCUGAAGCUUUGCACGCAGAGGAAAACACUCACAUGCAACUCAAGCUUUCCAGCCUUAUUUGCAGAAUCAUCGUCUUGCAGAAGUACACGGUGUGUUUCCGGGAGGAGGUCAGGCUUGAGGACUGUGAGUUUUACCUCACAGCCCAGCGGUUCAUCGUGCUACCCAUGGAGCGGCAGAGGUUGGAGUCAUCUGAUGGGAACCAGGAGCCCGCUGUGCUGCAGAAGAUAAAGGAGCUCUGGCUGAGGAGUCUCACGCUGAAGAAUGCCCCCAGCUCAGAGCCAUCUGUCUCCCAGCUGAUUGAUGCCAUUGGACAGAACCAGCUGGAGGUUUUGAAGGAAAAUGCUGAGGAAUGUUUGGACUUGGGGAUGCCCAAGGAGAAUGCAGCAACGGUGAAUGAUGAGGUUCCCAUCACCCGGUGGGAGGCAGAGCGGAAGAUGGAGCGGGAUGAGGACAUCUUCACCGUCCCAGCCAACACUCUGGUGAUCUCUUCUGAGGAGGAAAUAGUUGCUUGCGACGCUUCCAAGGCAGACAUGUGUGAAGCAACUUCUGGGAAGAGAAGCGAUGAAAGGACAGUGCCAGGUGACCCAAGUGUCAUAUCCCAAGUCAGCUCUGCUGAGUCAUCAGCCUUGUCGGACAGCUUGGAGGGAUCUCUGGACAACCCCUGGAACGGGCUCCCCCUGAUAUCUUUGACCAUGAACUCUUCAGAUGAGAAGACGUGUCAACGUGACCUUUCUCUGAAGAACCAGCAAGAUGUGGCUGCUGACAGCAACACCCCUGACUUGCUCGAAAUGUGCAGCCAGGACUCUCCUGAGGACGUGCCACAAGAGGAGCUGGUGCAGACCUCCUCUCCCUCUCUGCUCUGCUCCUAUAAAAAUACCAGUCCGAUGGAGAGUGGCACAAACCAGUCAAGGUCAGCUGCAGAGGCAGCCAGCAAUGUCCCCAGCCCUGCUCAAGGCCUGCUGAUAUUUGGGGGCUCUCAGGACACCCUGCCAUCCCUUUCUCCAGUUUUUCCUGUCUUACCCAGCCGCAGCUUGCAGUUCCUGCCUGAAAAGAUGCCUCACAAGGAACAGGCAGACUCCAGUGGCACAGCUUUCCCUCCAGAUACGUUGAAGCGUGGUCCAGCUCGUACCAGGACCCAGGGAGGAGAUAUUGCAGGUGGCAAGAGGAAGCUGCUGGCAGACAGUGAUGACACACUGCCUGCCCUCAGUGAGCAGCAGCAUCCCCGUGGUGCCCCGUGGGGCAGGGGAGGAGGCACAGGCAGGAGGUUGGAUUUCAUGAACACACGGGGUGCCAAGAGGAGCAGAAAGAAGGAAACAGGGCUGCAGCGUGGAAAGGAGCUCUCAGAGGAAGAAGAGGAAGAGCAAGCAGCCCCAGCGAGUGGCCCCAGCUCCCAACCAGAGCAGCGCAGAGAUCUGCAGCCGUACGUGAGAGACGAGCCGGUCCAGUACAGAUACAAGGCACCAAGUCCUGAGCUCUGCGAGCAAGUAAGAUCUGUCAGGAUCUCAAAGUCGAUGCUGAAGUGGGCGUGCUGGCUACUCACAGACAGGGAGGCUGACUCCUGAGGCCAGCCCACGUUUCAUUUCUUCACCAGUUCAGCAAAACCAACUUAGAGCUGCCUGGGAAGAACAGUUGGGGAAGAGAGGGACAGAGGGCAGGACUGCUGUCCCUAAGGGGACUGCUGAGUCGGUUGGCCUGGCUGCAGAGAUGCUGAGGACGUGACUUGCUCAAGCAUCCUCAUCACUGAGAGGAGAGCAAAGCACCCUUUCAGGGAUGCUUGGGCAUGAGCUGGCAUCCCUCUCCCACCUCUCCAUCGUUUCCAAAUGCCUUAGCUUGGUGCAUGGGGACAGGUGACCCGGUGCUACUGUCACAGGGGCAGCAGUGAUGGCAGAGACCCCACAACCUGAUCCCUGCUCCAAAGGCGGGGCAGGAAUUUUCCGUGCAGGUGGGGUCCUGCACUGUUCAUUACAAAAAAAAAUCUCACAGGGUUAUGCUUUAGAAAUUUAAAAUAAAAAUUGUAUAUUUUUUAAAUACAC